AUGAAGCUUUCUGCAACCAACACUGGCCUCGCCGUAUUCUUCGCAUCUGUGGCCGAUGCAGCAUGCUCUCUUCCUUCCUCGUACCAAUGGUCAUCGACUGACGCCCUGGCCGAGCCGAAGAGCGGAUGGGCCGCGCUCAAAGACUUCACCAACGUCGUAUACCAGGACAAGCAUCUUGUCUAUGGCUCAUCAGCCGGCUCGUCCGGCUACGGCUCAAUGAAUUUCGGCCUCUUCUCUGACUGGUCUGAGAUGGGCUCAGCGAGCCAGACUGCCAUGACUUCGAGCGCUGUUGCGCCCACGCUCUUCUACUUCGAGCCCAAGAAUGUCUGGAUUCUGGCCCAUCAGUGGGGCCCGACCACCUUUUCCUACCGGACCUCCAGUGAUCCCACUGAUGCAAACAGCUGGUCAUCGGCGCAGCCCCUCUUCUCUGGCAAGAUCUCCGACUCCAGCACCGGCGCCAUUGACCAGACUGUCAUCGGCGACAGCGAGAACAUGUACCUGUUCUUCGCUGGUGACAACGGAAAAAUCUACCGCGCCAGCAUGCCCAUCGGCAACUUCCCGGGCGACUUCGGAACCUCUUCAACCAUCAUUAUGAGCGACACGACCGCCAACCUGUUCGAAGCCGUGCAGGUCUACAAGUUGGACGGCCUGAACCAAUACCUCAUGAUUGUCGAGGCCCAAGGCGCCAACGGCCGGUACUUCCGCUCCUUCACGGCCAGCAGCCUUGACGGCGAGUGGACCGCGCAGGCUGCCACCGAGAGCAACCCCUUCGCUGGCAAGGCCAACAGCGGUGCCACCUGGACAAAUGACAUCUCUCACGGCGAUCUGGUCCGCACCAACCCGGACCAGACCUUCACUGUUGAUCCCUGCAACUUGCAGCUCCUCUACCAGGGACGCGAUCCCAACACCAACACCGACUACGACCUGUUGCCUUACCGUCCCGGCGUGCUCACUUUGCAGAACCCCGGUUCUUAA